CCCGCCCGCCCCUAUGACCAACAUGAGCUGGAGCUUCCUGACGCGGCUGCUGGAGGAGAUCCACAACCACUCCACCUUCGUGGGCAAGGUGUGGCUCACGGUGCUCAUCGUCUUUCGCAUCGUGCUCACAGCGGUGGGCGGUGAGUCCAUCUACUCCGACGAGCAGAGCAAGUUCACGUGUAACACGCGGCAGCCAGGCUGCGACAACGUCUGCUACGACGCCUUCGCUCCGCUGUCCCACGUGCGCUUCUGGGUCUUCCAGAUCGUGGUCAUCUCCACGCCUUCCGUCAUGUACCUGGGCUACGCCAUCCACCGCCUGGCGCGGGCCUCCGAGGAGGAGCGGCGCCGCGCCCUCCGCCGCACUGUCGGGGAGUCAGGCCGCCCCGGUGGGGCCCCCGAGCGGCAGGGCGCCAAGCCCAAGGCCGGCUCGGAGCCGGGCAGCGCCAGCAGCAGGGACGGGAAGACGACACCUGGAGGCUGUGGGGAGGGGCUGAGGCGAGGGGCUGAGGGGUCCAGUGGCAGCCAGCCAGACGGGAUCCCAGAGAGGGAAGGGACGGGCAUGCGCAACCAGGGGCAGCUAGGCACUGGUGGACGUGAGCUGCCUCGAGACGUGCUCACAGCCAGCGACGCCAACGUAGACAAGAACACCACCAAACAACUAGAUGGAGGGAACCUGGAUCCCUGA